UAAAAAUAGAAUUUUUUAGAACGAUAUUUUAUCGGAUUAUCGCAGAAUUAUUCCAUAUAAAAAUCUAGAUUUGUCGUUUGUGAUAUUUAGUAAUUUUUUAAAAAGCUAAAACUCUUCUUCAUCAAUGCAACUAUCCACCUCGACCCAUAGCUAACUCAAAAUGCUAAUGAAGAAUUUUAAGUACAUCAUCAGCGGAUAACUUUUUAUCAUCCAUUCAUCCCAACGCAUCAAUAUAAUUUAAUUUUUGUAUAAAAAAAAUUCUAAAAAAAUAACAAAAUAACAAAUAUUUACUUUUAUAUAAAUCUACCCAUCAACUUCGCCAAAUUUUUUUAUUUUUCCAACCUACCCAGAAAACACCGAUAUGAAUGAAUUUUUCGGUCCCAAGAAAGUUUUAUCGAUGGCCAGCAUGAGUGAAUAUCAAUUACCGGAGAUGGUCACAGAUUCCACUCCCUCAUUCAGAAACAAGGAUAUACGUCGCAGUAGCAUACAGAUUCUGCCUGGAGCUACCCUUUUGGGCUCUUCUACUACGGGCGCAUCGCAUAGGCAUCACCAUUCGCACGGUACGCCUAGUGGUGUUCAGCAUAGAUUGGAUAAUAAAAAUGAGAUUAUCGUAAAUCACGUAGGAGACUUGGUAGGGAAGGAUAAUCAACAUGAUAUCGAAAACGAAUUAGAUCUUGAACAUGAAGACAAUUUAAAUGAACGAAGAAGUUCAAAGGAUUCAAAAGGAGCGAAGAAUAGGAGAAGGCAUUCUACCGCUAGUUCAAAUUUAUCAGAAUCUUCUUACACCGCAAGCACAACUUCAGAUGAAGAUGAUACAGGAUCCCCGAGGGAAAAGGAUCAGCUAAGUUCAUCAGGAUUUCGGGACUUUUGUGUUAGGAACAUAAAUCAAGCCGCUUUCGGGAGACGGGAGAUCGAAAUAGCUGAACAAGAAAUGCCGGGCGUGAUGGCCCUUAGAGAGAGAGCCAAAAACGAUAAACCUUUAGCGGGGUCUAAAAUUAUAGGCUGCACGCAUGUAACAGCUCAAACCGCGGUUUUGAUAGAAACGUUACACAUCCUCGGAGCUCAAGUCAGAUGGUCUGCUUGCAAUAUUUACUCAACGCAAAACGAGGUCGCUUCCGCUCUCGCAGAAUCAAAUUACCCAGUUUACGCGUGGAAAGGUGAGAGCGAGGAAGACUUUUGGUGGUGCAUAGAAAAAUGCAUAGACGCGCCCGACUGGGAUCCUAAUAUGAUUUUAGAUGAUGGAGGCGACGCCACCCAUAUGAUGCUCAAAAAAUACCCGGAAAAGUUCAAAAAACUCAAAGGGAUCGUGGAAGAAAGUGUAACAGGCGUUCAUCGACUUUACCAACUCUCCAAAACGGGAAAACUUUACGUCCCUGCCAUGAAUAUUAAUGAUUCCGUUACCAAAACUAAAUUCGAUAAUUUGUAUUCUUGCCGAGAAUCCAUUCUAGACAGCCUUAAAAGAACGACAGAUUUGAUGUUCGGGGGCAAGCAAGUGCUUGUUUGUGGUUAUGGAGAGGUGGGGAAAGGUUGUUGUGCAGCUCUAAAGGGUAUGGGGUGUAUAGUUAUGGUUACGGAGAUUGACCCUAUUUGCGCUCUUCAAGCAUGCAUGGAUGGUUGCAGGAUCGUAAAAAUCAACGAAGUUAUCAAGAAUAUUGAUAUACUAGUCACCGCCACUGGUAAUAAACACGUCGUUUCAAGGGAACACAUGGAUAAAAUGAAAAAUGGGUGUAUAAUUUGUAACAUGGGACACAGUAAUACCGAAAUCGAUGUGGCCAGCUUAAGAACCUCCGACUUGAUAUGGGAAAAAGUAAGAUCCCAAGUCGAUCACAUUAUAUGGCCUGAUGGGAAAAGGAUUAUAUUAUUAGCAGAAGGAAGGCUGGUUAAUUUGAGUUGUUCCACAAUUCCAUCGUUCAUUAUAUCCAUCACUUCUGCCACUCAAGCCUUAGCUUUGAUUGAAAUGUAUAGCGCACCUACUGGAAGAUAUAAACAAGACGUUUACUUGUUACCCAAGAAGAUGGAUGAAUAUGUCGCUAGUCUACACUUAGCUGCGUUCGAUGCUCAUUUAACAGAAUUAUCGGAUGAACAAGCCAAGUAUCUUGGACUUAACAAAACGGGACCUUUUAAACCUAAUUACUACCGAUAUUGAUCAAAUGAUAUAAUUACUCCACACAAAUACAAACGUUAUGGGCCAGUCAUCCUUUAUUUAAUAUAUUCUUUUCUUUUUUAAAAAUAAAAUAAUUUUUAAUUUUUAGGCAAAACAAUGGAUAGUUCAUUUAAUAAAUUUUUACAUUUGUCCCAAUUAUACUAUUAUAACUAUUUAUUGAAUUAAUUUUAAAAAAUUUGUAAUAUAGUUAAGACUUGUUUUUUUAUAGCAUUUCCAACUAGACCUCUAUUAUAUUUAUUAUUAUACAAAACACAUCUUUUUUAACCCUAAUCCCAUGGUAUGAACUUAUUAUAUCAAUCUUUUUGUUUCUAACAAUUAAGAUAUUUUUAUUGUUUUUCUUGAAUCAAUUAUUACCUCCUAAAUUAUUUAAUAAUGCAUCAGUCAUACAAAUCCUUAACAUACUUUCUUUUAAAUCGUAUAUACCUCGAUGUAUAUUAUGUCCUAUUUUUUGCUUAUUCUUAUUUAUAUAUUCACUCAUUUUAAAUUAUCAACUGAAUUAGUUACCGAUAUAAUAUUUUGAUUAACUAUAGUACUCCCAAGAACGAUGCCACUAUCUUAACGAAAGGCAAUUCGUGCGUUAAAUAUUUCGUCGUUUUUAAAAAAUUUCGAUUCUAAUUACACAUUUGCUUCAUAUAUAAUUUAUUAUUAUAUUAUAAUUAUAUAUAUUUUUUAUAACAUUAUAUAUUGAUAUUAUUUAAUUUAUUCGUGCACGAACAUCAUUAUAAAAUUUAAAAAAAUCAAA